GAUCACUGAAAAAUUCACUUUUUGUAUGUACCCAGGAUCAACAUACAACUUGACUCAUCUUCAAAACGUAUCCUGCACAGAUAAGGAAUCCACCAAAAAUAAACAUCGGUGAUAUGAUAAGUUUCACGAACAUAUUCUUCCAGUAUAGGGUCACUUACUGAUUGUGAAAACUGGAAUAUGAUACACCUACUAGACGAGAGCGAUACAUAAUUAUCUCAAUAGCUAAAAUCCGUACAUAAAAUGGAGCCACAACUUUCCUAUUUUUAUGAAACUCCUGAAUCGGGAAAUGUUUAUGUAGUUUAUGAUCUCAAAAAUAUUCCUGCCAUUCUGAAUGUGGCAUUUUCUGAAGAGCAUAUAGACAUGACGGCUCUGAAGGAUUACAUGUGGGGGGAUCCCAUUGAAGAAGCCCUUGACAAAGCAUUGAACGAAGAUGCAGCACUACAAAGAUUAUCUUUGGCUUAUGAAGAUCUCAAAACAUUUCCGCAAGUCAUAUUGGAUAAAGUAGCAGACAGUACAAAAAUUCUAGAUAUAAGCUAUAACAAUAUAAAAGACUUUUCGUUUCUGAGUAAGAUGAGCAAACUCAGAUCUCUUAUCUGUGAUCAUAAUCGUAUAUAUUCUGACGUUCAAAUGCCCUAUUUACCUAAUUUGGAGUUAUUCUGGAUGAACCACUGUGAUUUGAAAGAAUUGGUGCCGUUUUGUAAAACUAUACAAAAAUCUUUUCCAAAUCUGAAGUAUUUGUCCCUUAUGGGCAAUAAAGCUGUCCCAUCGCUUCUCAGGGGAGAUAAAAUCUAUGACUGUCAGCAAUACAGAAUAUUUAUAAUAUCCCUGUUUCCCCGAUUGAUCCAUCUGGAUGAAUCAAGGGUGACAUUUCAAGAGAGAGAAGAAGCGAAUGAAAUGAAAAACAAGUCCUUGAUGAACAAGUAUCUUCCUUCCGCCAACAGUUACUUGAAGAGGACCUCGUCAAAACUUGAGGGAAUGCUUCUAGGCAGUCCGUCCCAAUUCGAAACAAACGCCAUUGUAUGAUCCACUAAUGGAGCAGAUGUUUAUUUAUUAUGACAAUAAAGAUUUUUCACUUUAUAAUUGUCCAA